AUGGCUUGCCUGCUUCCCUCCAGCAGCAGCAACAGCAGCAGCAACAGCAGCAACAGCAGCAGCAGCAGCAGCAGCAGGGAGGGGACAAGGGAGUUGUUAGUUUCAUCUUCGAGCGAGAUAACUCAGCUAAGGCUGUCUUUAAGUGUCUCCUCAGGUGUCUCCGCCGUAGGGGCCCCACAUCUCGUCUCUCUCCAAGGCUGUCUCCUCUCUAACUCAGCGCUUGCAGCAGCAGGCCUACUGCCUCCCCCAUCCCCUAGCAGCAGCUGCAGCGGCCGCAGCAGCAAUAGCACCAGCAGCAACAGCAACAGACGCAGUAGUGGCAGCAGUGACAGCAGCAGCAGCAGCAACAGCAGUGACAGCAGCAGCAGCAGCAGCAGCAGCAACAGAGAGUGGGUAGCGGUGGACAUGAGGGGCCUUCUGACUCGUCAGUAUAUGUGGGAAGGCAGCUGGCUGCAUGCGCUGCUGCAGCAGCAUUCUGCUGCUGUGCUGCAGCAAUUUGCUCUCUCAGAUCCUUUAAGAGACCUCUACCGCAAAUGCUGCCUCAGCAAACCCUCUGUAGAUACAUUAGCAUUUACAACUGCUGCUACUGCUGCUGCGGCAGCAGCACCUGCUGCGGCUGCUACUGCUCCUCCCCCUUCUCCCCGCGACGGCGACAACGAGGGUCGUAGCAGCAGCAACAGCAGCAGCAGCAACAACUGCAGCAGCAGCAGCAGCAGCAGAUGGGGCUGUGCGCGUUAUUGCUUGCUGCCCCUAUCAGCGCUGGAGAGGACACAAGGGGAGUUGCUGCAGCAGGAAAAGGAGACAAAUAGAGAUGUCUCCGUGCUGCAACGCAGAAUUGAAGCUGCAGAGCAGAGGAGACAGCAGCUAGGCCUCAGCCUCAACAAGCAGCAGCACAAACUGCUGCAGCUCCUCACGCAGCAGGAGAGAGCUGCGCAGCAUAAGGCAGCAGCAGCAGCAGAACUCAACGCCACUCUCGCUCAGCAAACGGAGGACCAGCAGCAACAGCAGCAGCAACAGCAGCAACAGCAGCAGCAACAGCAGCAGCAGGAGGCAAAACCUACCUGCUCUGACGAGCAGCUGCCAUCGCCGAAAGGAGACAAACAGCAACCGGUGUCUCCUGCAACAUCUGCUUCCCCCACACAAUGUCUUACUUCUGCUGCUGCUGCUGCUGCUGCGGAGACAUUCCCAGCAGCAGCAGAACAAGCAGCAGCAGAACAAGCAGCAGCAGAACAAGCAGCAGCAGAACAAGCAGCAGCAGAGACAGGAAACGCAUCAGACACCUCCGAGGCCUGUGAGGCCCUUGAGGGGGGAAUGCAAAGCCCAGCAGCAGCAGCGCGCCCUGCAGCGGAGACAAACGACACACCAACAGCAGCAGAAGCAGCAGCAACAGCAGAAGCAGCAGCAGCAACAGCAGCAGCCUCUAUGUCUGGGGGGGCGAGGCCUCAGAGUCUAAAGGCGAUGCUCUCUGAGGUUCGCUGGCACCAGCAGCUCACAGCAACAAACCGCAGGAACUCUUACGCCAAGCUGCAGCAGCAGCAGCAGCAGCAGAAGAAGGAAGACCAGCAGCAGCAGGAAGACCAGCAGCAGCAGGAGGACCAGCAGCAGCAGCAGCAGAACAAGCAGCAGCAGAAGCUUGUCUCACAAGGUCUGGGCGAUGCAGGUCUUGUGCAGGAGGCGGAGGGAGAGGGGGAGAAACUCUCAAGUGAAGACAGCAACAGCAGCAGCACCAGCAGCAGCACCAAUGGCAGCAGCAGCAGUAACAGCAGCAACACCACCAACGGCGACAGCAGCAGCACCACCACCAACGGCAGCAGCAGCAGCAGCAGCAGCAGCAGCAGCAGCAGCGGGAGUGGGUUUGGCCUAUCUUUGGGCUGGGGAAGGACAAGCAUCCGCAGAGGAGACAGCGCGAAAGAAUUGAUUGCACCUCUCUUAAGGAAGGUAGCUGCAGCAGAGAGGGGCGCCGCGAGGGCCUUUGCUGCGGUGCUGCAGCAGCGCAGCUUCUGCGCGUCUCUUGCUGAGGAGCUGAGGGAGUUGACGGAAGCUAAAGAACAGUGCACUCCGUGGCUGCUGGGUGUGGCAGCCGGCUGCUGCAAGAUUAGCAGCAGCAGAAGCAGCAUUAGCAGCAAGAUUAGCAGCAGCAGCAUUAACAACAGGAUUAGCAGCAGCAAGAUUAGUAGCAGCAACAGCAGCAGCAGCAUUAGCACCAGCAACAGUAGCAUUAGCAGCAGCAGCAGCAUUAGCAGCAGCAUGUCAAUUGGCUCUAAUCUCAUCUUCUCCACACUGCAGCAGUCUCUUGUCGCCUUCCUCAACAGCCAGGAGGAGGUGAGGAGACAGCUGACGAUACAGCUUCUAAUGGAGGCGCUCUGGGUCCCACACCUUCCCUGCUUUGAAAGUGCAGAGACACCGCAGCAGCAGCAGCAGCAGCAGCAGCAGCAAAAGAUGCAGCGGGCUGAGGAAGCAGAGGAGAGACAGUUGGGGGCUGGUGCUGCUGAGACGUAA